AUGGUCUUUUGGCUUCCAAGUGGAUGUUACUCCAGUUCUGAAGGAUCCUGGUGUUACAUGGAGCCACAUUGUGGUCCUAAAACCUGGAUAUCUCUUGGCCAUUGCAACGGGAAGAGACAAUCACCCAUCAACAUUAUUCGGCGAGACGCUUCCCACAACCCCAGUCUGGGUCCUGUGGAUCUUGUUGGUUAUGACAACCCCAAAAAGCUGCUGAAAAUCAAGAAUACUGGGAAAACAGCUGAUGUAUCCCUGGAAGAUGGUCUUCAUCUCGCUGGUUUCGGCCUUCCCGCCCGCUAUACAGCCAAAUCCUUUCACCUUCACUGGGGAGACGGUGCCAAAGGGCAUGGUUCGGAGCAUCAGAUUGAUGGCAAACAAUACUCAAUGGAGUUGCACAUCGUACAUACCAGAAACAACCUUAGCAUAGCAAAUGCUGUGAAGGAUCCAAAGGGCAUCGCGGUGCUGGCAUUUUUUAUUGAGGAAUCUGAGGAAGCCAAGAGCAAAACGGUAGAGGCAUGGGAAUGGUUCGCCAAGAACCUCAAAAACAUUUCCAAAAAAGGUGAAGUUGGGUCUCUUGACCGCUCUUUUUCUCUGCUGGAUUUGAUGGGUUCCAAUGAUGGGUUCACCCGUUAUUACCGCUACCCUGGAUCCCUCACCACCCCUGGCUGUGACGAGGCUGUGAUAUGGACUGUCUUUGCUGACCCCAUCCUGUUGCCUCCUAAAGUGGUCAGGAAAUUUGCUUCAGGGCUCUCAUCUACGGAUUCCUCAAAGGGCCCCUGGCUAAUAAACAACUUCCGUCCUCUACAGAAGAUUGGAGAUCGCAAAGUGGAAGCAUCUAAUGCUUUGAAGUCUGCAGCUACCAUUUUUGUUUCUCCCCCAACUGUAUUCAUCCUCUUCCUUUCUAUCGCCACUUUUCUACCAUUCUUCUCUGUAUAA